AUGACAAAGACACGGGGCUCGAUGUUCAUGAGCGGGAAGGACGGGAUCAGAAAUGAGUCAGAGGGACGAGAUGGUUUGAGGGUGGAGGAUAAAGAUGGAGCUGCAGAGUCCACGGGCCCUGUGCCUUACGACACCAUUGGCCAGAAAUUUAUCGUUGUGUUUCCGGAGAACAUCGCCAGCUACUACCCCAGCCCAGCCAGAAACUGGGUCAUAAUCACUGCUUUGAAAAACGGGACAAAAGUCCACGUUCGUCAGUACAGCAAUUCUGAGCCUAAGGACCUGAACGCUGGAGAAGAUUGGUAUUUCAACGCGAAUGCAGCGCUGGAACUCGGGAAGCAAAACAUCUCCAACAAAACUCUGACCAUUGACAGCAACAAUGAUAUCACCGUUCAAGCCAUCAGCAGUAAAGAAGACAGUGUGCAGACUGCUGUCGUCAUACCUACAAACAAACUCGGCACAACGUACCUCAUCCCACCAAUACCCACAAUUCCCGGCACAAAUAAUUUUCAGGACUCAGUUGUGCAGACGGUGACGGAGCGAGGCCCGUUCAGAAUCAUCAUCGUCAACGGUGUUAAGCAGCAAAACAGCGUGAGCGUCGCAGGAUUAAAGACGCAGGAAGUUUCCCUCCAGUCAGGCCAGGUUGCUCAGAUCUGGUUGAAUGAGAGUGCAGGGUUUAAAAACGUGACGGCUGAAAAGCCAGUGGCCGUCCUCUUUGGCCACCCCUGCAUCGUCCAGGGCAGCUGCAGCUGCGGGCUGCUGUACACCAUUCUGCCGCCAGCCUCAGGCAGUAUGCUGAAGUACUUGGUCCCUCCAUUUCUGACCCAGGAUGCUGAGGGACAGACGAGGGUACUUUUGGCACAGAACGGUUCCACCAGCGUCACGGCCUACGCCUCAAGCUCACUGAUGUACGAUGUAGCCGGCACAGCCAUCCUCUACCGGCCAGGAUUACUCCUCCCUCUGAUCCCAACAGAAAACUUUGCCUGCUGCUUUGUG